GCCGAGCCCGGGGCGCUCACUGUUGUUUUGCUUUCAGUUAUGCCCUGUAUAACCUUUUGUUCAAGAACGCUGCUGCUGAAUGAGUAGCUAGAUACUCUUUUUUCCCCUAAAGUUGUGUGCAGGAGACCUCAACGUAAGAAGUUCUGGUUUGCAUACUUCAGAUUUUUCUAACAGCAUUAACGUGCAGUGAUAAAGGUGGGACAGGACCUUGACGUGUCUGUGCACAUUUAUUCAUGAGAGCCACGAAACAGUUUGAGGUUUGGUUCAGAUUGCCAAUGAAUUUACUUUCUGUGUAACUGUUGCAGGAGCUUAUAACCAGUUCUUGGUAUUUUGCUGGUUACAAAGACAUUGAGUAGUUAGCAGCUGCACAUUUCCUUAGCUGGUGCCCGCUGUUCACUUGUGUCUCAUUUCCAAUGUGGCACAUCCCUGGUUCGAUAGCUGGCCACUGCCAUAGGCAGAGGGAUCAACAGAGACUUUCCAGCAGGGCAGAAAGACCAAGGCAGGUGUGAGGUACAGCUGUGCACCUACAGCACAGCAACAGCAUCUUCCAAUGUGAAGGCCUGGGAAGGGAGCAGAAGUCCAGACAAGGAAAUAGGAGAUGUUUUUUUCUCUCCAAAGCAUACGGAAGGCAUUGGAUAAUAAUUUACAAAUCACAUGUGCAAAGGAGAGCUAGGUAGAUGUUGUGGUUUUAUUUUUCUGCUUGGACUUAGGAACUCUGAGUGAAUUCCUUUCUGCUGAUGAGCUUAUAAUGUUGAAAUUAAAUGGAGUUCAAUUUCAAAAAGGUUCUGGAACAUGAACUGAGAGUGACCUGUCUGUGCUGUUCACAUGCAAACAGCAAUCCCAAGAGGAUGGUUUCCUUCACUAGGGAAUGUACUUGAACACAGUAAGACUGUACAAUAAAAAAUAAAUGAAGCAACAUUCAAAGGAGAAACCUAAGAUGAAUCUUUUUUGUUUGUUUGUUGUUUGGGGUGUUUUUUCCCCAUUUCUGCAGUGAUUCUAAGAAAAGUUUUUGGAUGUCCUGUUCAUUUUCUUUUCUAAAAGUCUUCUUACUUACAGUCUUCUACAGUGUUACCGAAUUUCUCAGUUGAUCUGCAUAACUGGAUUUUGUAGACAUGAUGUGCCACCUCCAGUUUUAAAAUAACUGAUUGUUUUAGAACAUACUUUAUAUGCAUUUUCAGGAAGGAGAAGAUGCAGCAUAUGCAGAUAUUAUUCCCAGUUGAAUUACUGUGUCAGAGAACUAAAUGAAGUAUAACUGAAAUUGUCUCCUAUUACUAAGGUAUUGCUGAAAUCCUAAUGAACCGACCCCACGCGAGAAAUUCACUGGGAAAAGUAUUUGUAAAUGAACUGUUCAGUGUCCUGGAACAGCUCCGCUUCGACGAGCAGGUGCGAGUGGUGGUGUUCAAGAGCCAGGUGAAAGGAGUGUUUUGUGCAGGAGCAGAUUUAAAGGAACGUGCAAAGAUGGAUGAUGCAGAAGUUGGAGAAUUUGUUAGAAGACUGAGAAAUCUUAUGGAUGAAAUAGCUGCCCUGCCUGUGCCCACAAUCGCUGCAAUCGAUGGCUACGCCUUGGGUGGUGGAUUGGAGCUGGCCCUGGCCUGUGACCUCAGAGUGGCAGCUUCAUCAGCUAAAAUGGGCCUUAUUGAGACCACACGAGGACUUCUGCCUGGAGCAGGUGGAACCCAGCGCCUGCCCAGAUGUGUUGGAAUAGGUCUUGCAAAGGAACUCAUUUUCACUGGCAGACAGGUUGAUGGAGAACAGGCAGCCUCCAUGGGGCUGGUAAAUCAUUCAGUGCCACAGAACAGCGAGGGAGAUGCAGCUUACCAGAGAGCUUUAACUUUGGCUAAAGAAAUCCUGCCCCAGGCACCAUUUGCUGUGAAAAUGGGAAAACUGGCAAUAAACAAAGGAAUAGAGGUUGACAUUGCAUCAGGGAUGGCUAUUGAGGGGAUGUGUUAUGCCCAGAAUAUUCCCACCAGAGACCGUCAGGAAGGGAUGGCUGCCUUCAGGGAGAAGCGACCCCCUCAGUUCACCGGCAAAUAACACUUUCUGCUUCCCCUUGAGUCUCUGGAGAUAAAGCAGGACUGAGGAGGAUCCACUGAUUUCUUAUGAUUAUUUUUAUGACACCAUUCUGUGCACUUAACUCCUUGCCUAGGACUGCAUUUCUAACUACUCCACAGGAUUGUUUUUCUGUACAAAUCUCCAAAUAAAGAUUUAACUUUGUACACCUGAUCUUUAAA